UCGUGGACUAAACACGCAGAACGAGUAUUGCUCCCAUUUCUCGACAAACUUGCAAAUUUUCUCCCUGAAAAAAAAAACACUUUAAAAAAAAACAAUUUCUAAGAAUUAUCCCGCAAUUUGUAUCUUUACAGAAAUCCCCUCAAGUACUUAAGUGAAUGCAGAAAAAAAAACGCGAGAUAAGAUAAAUAAAUGAUUGACUUGAAGUAGUAGAGUUUAGUGUAGUGUAGUAAUAAAUAAAUAAAUAAAUAAAUAAAUUUGUAAAAAAAUACAAAAUAAAAAAAAUAUAAAUGAAACAGUGAAAGACGAAAAAGACAUGAUGAACGUCGUUGGGUCAAACAAUCGGCCGAAUCGGGUGUGUUGUCGCCUGUGUUUGGCCCCGGAGAACGAAUGCGUCAACAUUUAUAUGACUUCGGCCGCAGAUAAGGAACCGCUCUCAUCGAAAAUAAAUGCCUGUGUGCGGAUCAAGGUGCAAAAAGACGAUCGUCUCUCGCCGAAAAUAUGUCAUGCUUGCAUCAGUUAUUUAAAUUCAUGGCAAAGUUUCAAGAAUCGAUGCGAUGCCGCACAGAAGAAGCAACGGGCAUGGAUGGGUCUCGUGCCGAACAGCAACGAGUCAACGUCCGUAACUGCCUCCGUGUCAGCCAAUAAGCCGCAGGCGAAUAUCUUGCAGCAACGUCUGCUCCAGCAGCAGCAACAGCAACACAAGCAGAACCAAUUGGCAUCCUUGCUAUCGCAAAAUCGGAAUAUUACACUGCAACCCAUUGCGCCAAAAACGAAUUUGUUGCAGCAACAAUUACAGAAGAAAUCCACGCCGCCCGAGCCGAGGCCGAAUUUGAUGCAGCAGCAACAGCAGCGGCAACGACAAAAGGAUGGAUCGGAAAUUGAAUUCAUUAAACAAGAACCCAAUGAUAAUGACGAUGCUGAAGACGAUCCCGACAUAGACGACGAGAAAAUGGACGACGACGUUAUCGAUCCAACGCAGUUUCUGGCACGCGAAGACGAAGAUUACAGCCGCGAUGGCGAUGAACCACUGAGUUUAGAUGCCACGGAACAGUCUGCCAGCGGUGAUAAUCCUCAGAUACUCGCGUCACUUGGCUUGCAUUCCGUUAAUUCAGGCUAUGGCGGUGGAAUGUCGGACAGCGAAUCACAGAACGGCGACACCAGCAGCCAACAAAGUGGCAAUAAAUGCAUUCAAAUUCCCGCGAAUUGCACCAUUUGUGAUAUGCGAUUCUCGAAUCGUGCGAAUGCCCGGCGGCACGAACGCAACAUUCACGGCGUCAUCUUGAAUCCAAUUGGCAACAAUUCGGCAACCAGUUUAAAUGGCAGCGCAUUGUCUGCAUCGACGCCCAAAUCGCUCGCCGGCGGAAAUACGCCAAAACUCAUCAGUCUCAUAAAGAAACCGAAGAUGCCCGUGCUGGAAUCUGCCGAAAAUUGGGACUAUUCGAAUCCGCAAAAGUACCGGAGCUACUUGACGCCUGCCAAAUUGUCAUUUAUCCUGCAAAAUUUGGAGUUUUUGGAGCAAUCGCAGGACAUGUUGUGCAAAUGUUGCGACAAACAAUUCCCGAGUUACAAAUUUUUCAUGGGUCACAUGCGAAAGCGGUAUCACAAUUUGCCGCGGAACGUUUGUUUCAAGUGUUUGAAGCAUUUCGAGAGCAAGGGACAGUUCAUUGGGCAUCUCAAACGCAAAACUUGCUUGAAUUUGUACAAGAUUGUCAUGAAUGACGACACAAUAACGAAAGAUUUGACGCCCGACAAUGCGACAAAGGGUGCCAAGGAGUUCCUUUCGGACAAAACGUACGCCUGCAAGUUGUGUCCGAAGCAGUAUCCGUACAAAUCGGAACUGAGGAAUCACGUUUUCGAGCUGAAAGAGCAUCCGGAGUACUUGAAGAACAAGGAAAAUGACACACUGGACUGCGCUUACUGCAAUAAAUCGUUCGAAGAUCAAACGGAACGCAAACGGCAUUACAAUAAUUUGGAUUGCAUCUCGUUUAUCGUCUGUGGGACAUGCAAAGAUCAAGUUGCCUCGAAUCAGGCCUUCGUCGAACAUGUCUACAGCAUCCAUUUGAAGAAAAAUACGAUAAAUGGCGCCGAAUCGCUGUUCGAACAAGUCACCGGAGGCGAAGAUGACGAAGCGGAAAACCUCUUGGAUUGUCCCGAUGAACCAAUUUCGCUGUCAAAACAACCGCAGGCGUGUCCGGUGUGCGAUAAACAGUACAACAACUACUACAACGUCUUGCGUCACAUGGAGUCCAAACACCCAGAUCAAGUUCCGCGCAUCUACGAGUGCGUCAAAUGCUUCGAAACAUUCGUACGGCAAUCCGAGCUGAAGGAACAUGUCGCUCGCGUGCACAAUCUCGCCCUAAUUUCGGGCAAAAUGAUCCCCUUGAGCAACAAUUCGCGUUCCUUCAUCUGUCGCGAAUGCGGCGAAACCUUCAACGAGAUGCUGGCCUGGCUCGACCAUCAAUCGUCACACGGCAAAUUCAAUUGCAACCAAUGCGAAUACAGUUGCGACAUGCGAGACGACCUCGAGGACCACUUGAACACGACGCAUCCCGAAGAAAUGUCACCGCCAAAACUGAAACUCAAGCUCUACAGUUGCAAACAAUGCUCCAACACGUACAGCAACGUUGACGAGUUACGCGAUCACAUGUUCACGGAUCACAACAUUCCGAAAGACGAGAUGGAUUUGACGGGCGACGACGAUGGCAAAAGUGACGAUUUGACGAAUUUUAUGCUGAAUGCGCAGCAAUUUAGUCGAAUGCAGCCCAAGCCGACGCUGCGGUGUCGUUAUUGCAACGACAAGUUUACGUCGAAGCCGGAAUUGACGCAGCACAUGAUCAAUGAGCACGGAACGAGUGGGCAGCUGCUGAGUUGCACGCUUUGUCAGGCGGAAUUUGUGAAUGACAAGGGCUUGAAAGUGCAUUUGUGGCGAUCGCAUCAAUUGCGGGAACCGGAUUGGGGUGGCGUGCUGCCGGAAAUUUCGAGAUUGCAAACGCAACCGAUCAAAAAUAAAGUUGUGACGCCCGCCAAGGAGUAUGAGUGCGAUAUUUGUCACAUUGUUUACAAGAAUCGCGAUCAAUUGAGACUUCAUUGUACGUCAGUUCAUGGAUUUGAUAGUUCAUUUAUGUCGCAAGACGUGACAAUGGACGAAGACGAUUGCGUCAUGACAGAAAAUGUGGAUCUUCCGAAUGUUUGGUACCAAUGUCGUUAUUGCGACCAAUCGUUCAACAGCAGCAAUCAGUUGAUCUCUCACAUGGAUAAUCACGACGAAGACCAAGUGCAAGAUUACACGUGUCGCGAAUGCAGUUCCGUCUUUGGGGCUCGCAAAGACCUCUGGGCACAUCGUCACAAAAAUCAUCCGAGAAGUGCGGAUCCGAGCGCCUGCGACAUGUGCAAGCGUGUCUUCUUCGACAAAACCGAAAUCUACUAUCACAACAUGCACGCCCACACACAGGCUGAUUUUUUAGCCAAUCGCAGCGGUGGAGGCUCCAGCAACCAGGUAAUCCGAGAGUCUCUAUCGCAAAAACAAAAAUUCUUUGGGGGCAACAGCAUCAGUAUCAGCAGAAAUAGCAGCGCGAGCCAUCAUGGGAUUGGCAGCCGCGCUUCUUCCGCGGAUGGGAAUAAUUCCUUCGAUCCGAUGUCGCAAUUUUACGACGCCAAUGAGCAACAAGAGUACUCCUGCGACAUGUGUCCGAAGACGUUUAACGUGCUAAAUGCUCUUCAAGUGCAUCGGGGAUGGCAUUUACGCGGACCUGAUGGGCGAAAAGUUCGGGAUCCCUCCGACACGUGGCAACCAGAUCAACUUCCGCCAAGUAAAGUUCGCAAAAUGACGCAUCCCGCACGACCUUCGAGCGAAUCAUCGCCUGCAGCAGCAGCAACAACAGCUCCUCGUGUGCCCGUAUGUCCCUUUUGCAAAGCCAAAUUCGCCAGUGGCAACAAUUUGAGACGUCACAUUGUCGAAGUGCACAAACGGAAUGAUGCGCGAUACCAACGCGAGGCAUCCGGAAGCCCUUCGAUCGUCGUCGAUAAACCGAAGGAAUGCAGUUCGUGCAAUAUCACGUUCAAAACGAUCGCCGAAUGGGUCGAUCACAAGAUCCAACAUGCCCGCACCAUCAAACCAUCGACGACAUUCGAAUGGAAUUGCGAAAUUUGCGGCAAAAUGUUUACGCGGAAGGAACGAUUGCUGCAACACAUGAUCACGCACUUGAAUAACGACUUUGGCUCAAACGACUCCAAUUUGGGCGGCAAUACGAACGACAACACGGAAGACGGCGACAACAGUAGUCAAUUCGAAAAUCACAGUUCUGAUGCGUCGCACGAUGACGGAGACGAAAAUCAACCGGAAACCGUAACUGUCAAUGCUGACGACGACGAUGACUCGCAAGAAGCGGAAAUUCCCGCAGAAAAACCCACGGAACAAAACGGCUUCGGAUGCGAAUUAUGUCAAGUUUUCUUCAAAACGGCAAAGGAAUUACGCAAACACGUCACCGAACAUUUCGUUAAUGGAGGCAGUACGACAACUGCUGCGGCGCCCACGAACACAAAUAAUUCCGGAAACAAUCAACCAGCCAGUCAAAAUCAAUCAUCUGCCGCCAGUUCGAGUGAUGAAAGUGGCUCGACGCACGAAUCAGCACGUUCCAAUGCGCAAAUGACGGCGCAAGAGCAUCAAGCGUUCGCCGCAAUCUCGCAAGAGUACAAAUGUCGCAUCUGUGGAUCCGUUUGCCAAGAUCAGCUCGAGAUGAUGACGUGUAUGGGCUCGCAUCAGAUCCCGACGCAACUCAAAUGCAGCGAAUGUCAACUGUAUUUCGCCAAUUCCAAGCAAGUUCUGGACCACGAGACACUCUACCAUCCCAAAGGGUACAUUUAAUUAAGCCAGAGCGCCAGCUAUGCACCGACCGCCAAUCAAAAUGUGACUUUUCAACAACCUUCGGUGAACAGCGGCUAUUAUUUCUUCUUAUAUCCCGACGCCACGACACAAAAUCCCACAUCUUCAACGUCUCUGAUGAAUCAGUAUGGCAACAUAUUUCACCAUUGACCAAGAAGGCGCGAGACAGAUACGAGAACCAACAGACUUAAACAGGAACAAGAACAAACUCCUAAGAAGACAUAAGACAUAAUUAAUUAAUUAAUUUAAUUUAAUAAAAAAAAAACAAAAAAUGUAAGAUAAUUAAUUUAAAAAUUAAAAUUGUACUGACUAAUGUUAAUGUUAAAUUAUAAAAAAAAAAUAAAAAUUAAUCUAGAAAUUAU